AUCCUUAUUGGAUUUAUGGUUUGAUUUCUUUGGCAGAUUUUCCUCUCUAUUCGCCAAACGCAGAUGGAGAGGAAUGCAAGAAGGAGAGGUUCCAGUGAUACUGGGGCCAUGGAACAGCUUCCUUUGGAGGUCAUUGGUGAGAUAUUGUCUCGCGUUGAAGUUGCACGGCAUGUGGUCAGAGCUUCUCUAACUUGUCACAAGUGGCGAGAAGCUUAUUGCAAGCACCUUCAUACACUUUCCUUUGAUGUUGCUGAUGAUGAGCGUGUCUAUUCCCGUCUUCCUACUAGCAGCUUGGAAAUAUUGAUCACAAGGACCAUAUUUCAAACAUCUGGUUUACGAAAACUCUCUAUUCGGAUGCACGACAAUCACAAGUUUUCGGCUGGUGCAGCUUUUGGCUGGUUAGUGUUCACUAGAGAAUCUUUGUCGGAGUUGUUUUUUACGGUUUGCACCUCUCCUAGCAUUGAUGUUCUUGAUGUAUGCGGAAGGAAGAAACUCAAAACCAUGUGUUUAGGUGAAUGCACAAUUAGGAAUGUUGAACCGGUUUUGCAAAGAUUCCCCUGUUUGACAUCACUAUCUCUAAAUCGUGUCAGUAUUUCAGUAGAGGAUCUGAAUCGGCUUCUUUUGGCGCUUCCAAAGCUUGAGUGUUUGGAACUAAGUGAACCUGAGCUACACGCUGAAGAUGAGGUUCAUAUUGAAAGAUUUCUCAAAUUGCAAUUUCCUACACUGAAGACUCUUCUUAUUAGAGGUCUCAGUGAACUUGGACUUAUUUUGGAAAAGUGUGAUAUUGGGCAUUUGCUUGUGAAGAAUUGUACUUUUGGAUUGUUUAAGGUCACAGGCAGUAAAAAUUUGACGCACUUCGAAAUUUACGGGUCGGAGUUUCGACUUCUUGAAAUUGAAGAGGCGGAUGAUCUAGAGAGUCUUGAAAUCAUCCAUUGUCGUGUUUCUCAGUCAAAUUUGUUCCCAAUGAGUGUUCAAGCACCAAAGUUGAAAAAGUUUCAAAUUUGGGGAUUUAUGGAGCAAAUGGAAUGUUUUAAAAGAGAGAAUGAAAUAAUCCUCCAUGGGUCCAGUUUAGUUGUGGAUUUAGAACGAAUAGCUGUUUGUUCCCCACAAUUGAGCCAUCUUUCAUUGUUCUUUGAAAAAGGAGUUGUCGAUGUCGAAUAUAAAUUUAGUGGAUUGUCUUCCUUGGAGAAUGUGGUCAUCUUGCAUAUUGGAUGUGAUUAUUAUACACGGGAUUAUUUUCAUGGCUUCACAGAAUGGGCAGAGAAUUUGCUGAAGUGUUGUCCAAAUGUUAGGAAGUUGAUUGUCCACGGAAUGGUUCCAGAAGAGAAAGAUGAUGGGUUUUUGGAGGACCUCUCAGAACAAACCUCGAUGAUGUUUGAAAUGAUCAGAAAGUACCCACAUAUAGAGGUGAAGUUUAAGUACAUGUAUCGAACUUUGUUCCGAAUCUAUUGUUGACUGGGCAAGAAGAGAAGGUGCCACAUUGGUGUUUCUACAUUUUCAACCUCAUCCCCAUAUCAUUGGAGAUUUCUGCUACCUAACCAAACCAGCAGUCGCGGUUUACAUCUUAUGCAGGUUCAUUGGAUCUUCUCUUUCACUUAAGACUCUUGUAGGGUUAUAAUCCAUCUUGGCCACGAAACUUCUAUGCUUCAUGUUGAACAUCUACUCCUAAAAAUCUCAGUCCUCAUUUCUUGACAAAUGACAACCUAGUGCUAUUUUAUCAGUUCUCUAUGUGUGAAAUCAAAACUAUCUGUUUUGUGCAUCAAACCAUCAAAAAUUGUUGAUCUUAUGAAAAUGUGACGAGUCUUUGGUUUCUGUUU